AUGAGUACAUCAGAUAUCCCCGAGGCAGAGAGAGAACUUCUAGAACAACCGGACCUUGAAAAGCAGUCUACCCUAGGAAUCACAGAAGAUACCAUCGCUACCAUCCCCAAAUAUCCAGUAACAGACAUCAGUCUUGGGAUUGUUGGCUGGGAAAGUCAACAUGAUCCUGAAAAUCCCCAAAACUUUGCUACAAGCAAGAAAUGGGCAUUGCUUGGUCUGAUCAGUGCCUUUACCUUCAUUUCCCCUCUCGCCUCAAGCAUGUUUUCACCUGCGAUUACGAUUGUAGCAGAAGAUUUUCAUGAGACAAAUGAAACGGUUAUUGCUUUCAGCGUCAGCAUUUUCUUACUUGGAUACACGCUAUAUGGCCGCCGCAUAGUCCUAAGUGCCGCCAACUGGUUUUUUAUCAUGUGGCAAAUCGGAUGCGCUCUCUCAAAAAACAUAGAAACUCUUAUUGUAUGUCGGCUGUUCGCUGGUAUAGGAGGAUCUGCCUGCCUCACCAUCGGAGCUGGUGUAGUCGCAGACUUGUUUCCAAGAGAGAUGCGCGCAAGGGCGACUGCAGUCUGGAGUAUGGGACCACUAAUGGGCCCAGUUGUCGGUCCAAUUGCUGGUGGAUUCUUGGGAGAAAAUGUUAGCUGGCGAUGGAUAUUUUGGGUCAUCCUUAUCGCAAGUUUUACCAUGCAGAUAGGAAUUGAGGUCCUCAAUAAAGAGACAUAUGCCCCUAUUCUUAUCAAAUGGAAGACGGCGAAGCUAGCUAAGGACCUUGGUCGCUCAGACUUACACAGUGCCUAUGAGCUCAAUCGUGAGCCAGCUUCGGAUUGUCAUCAUCUGAAACAGAGUCUUGUGAGACCAGCAAAGCUCUUCCUACAAUCACCCAUUAUCGUUUACGGCUUUUCAAUCGGCUUAUCCGGCCUUGCAUAUCUAGGCAUUGGACUCGGAUUCGGACUCGGCUUAGUGCUUGUCGCUUUAACAAAUGAUCAAAUCGUAUCGAAGCUCACCACUCAGAAUAACGGAAAAUUUGAGCCAGAAAUGCGCCUUCCAACAAUGAUUGUCUUCGCCUGUAUCUUGCCCAUAAGUUUCUUCUGGUAUGGCUGGUCUGCCGACAAACACGUCCACUGGAUAGUACCUAUUAUCGGCAUGUUCCCCUUCGGUGUUGGCAUGAUGGGUGUUUUCAUGCCUAUCCAGACCUAUAUCAUCGAUUGCUACCCUGCAUAUGCUGCAUCGGCGAAUGCCGCUUUGACGGCAUCGCGAUCACUUGUUGGCGCAGUAUGUUGCUUCCAAUUCUUAUACUCGGCUUCUUACUGA